UAACCCCUCAAUUCCUUGUUAUUCGGCCCCUGGUUUAAAGACUGCCCCACUUCCCCAACUCAUAAUCGUUGUUUUCGAUCAUCUUGGCUCUCAACCACCGCCGCCGACCUGCCAACCUACGCGUAACCUGCGGCGCCUCAGUGAACAUGUCUGACAUCAAUCUACCAGCCCUCCAGACCUUGCGAAGGCAGUACUUUGCUUUGGUUCCUGCGUAUCUCCUCUUGAUUCCCGAUCUACCUCCAGCUGCUCAAGAAUGGUUGGCAGACAACCUCGUCGACAGCCCACUCCCAGCCCCGGAAGAAGGAUACCAACGCUCCUUCUGGAAGCGAGCUCUUCCUGCUCUGGAGGCUGGGGCAGGCGAGGACGGUGUAGAAGAGCGGGUUUACGAGGUCGUGGCCGAGCUCAUGGCUACACCACCUCGAUUUGGAGAACCACCGCAGUCUUUCAAGACCUUUUUGUACGGCGAGCCGGAACGUGCGAUCACUCUCCGUGAAGAACAAGUCGCUGUACAAGCGGGCACCACGGGUCUGCGAACGUGGACGGCUGCUCUCCAUCUCGCCCACCACGUCCUACACUCUUCAUCAACCCUCUUCUCCUCUGCUACGCUUCCACCAGUGGUCGAGCUCGGCGCAGGAACAGGCUUCCUCUCCAUUCUCCUGGCGCAACUAGGCGCCGACGUGAUCACAACAGACCUCGGCGACGAGUAUGGUGACGACGAGGGUCAGGCGUUCCGCACACCCCUUGGGCGGCUGAAAGCCAACAUCUCUCUCAAUGAGCUGCACAAGCCACCGAAGGUGCGAUCUUUAGAUUGGGCAGAUGCGUCCGCGUCGCCUGACCAGCGCACCCCCGCGUGGGCAGAGGCACUCGAGCCGGUCGAGGGAAGGCGACGAGUUGUCAUGGCUGCUGAUGUUAUAUACGAUCCAGAUCUGGUUCCCCUCCUGGUGGACGCCAUCGACGUGCUAGCGGAGGGUAGUCACGCGGUCCUGGCUGCCACAGUUCGGAACGAGGACACAUUUGAGCUCUUCCUUGACGAAUGUGCCUCUCGAGCCAUGCGUACGCAGCUCCUCAGCCUCGCACCGAUGGAUGCCUCUGCGCCAACGUUCUGGGACACUGCACUCGACGCGGGCACGCGUGUACAGAUCGUACACGUGACGCCAUCCCGGCCUCCAACAGCAUCCAGCAUGGCCACAUAGCCCCAUCAUAUAUCAUCUGACUCCAACAUGCACCCAUCCUCCCACACAUCGCCUGGUUGUUCGCGCGCACCCCGCGCACUCCAGCCAUUGCCAUCCGCCAUCAGCAUGCCGCGCAAUCGUAGGUCAUCAUGCAACAUGCCAUGACUGUAAAAGUACAAUGCAUGACCGUCGAGACGGA